AUGGAGUUCCCUCGCAUCCUGCGACUGACUGGAGCCUAUCCAUACUUCCUCAGCAUGUACUUUGUCGGCGGAAUGAAGAUCCUGUACAGCACCGGCAUCUACUCCGGUGGACCUCGUGAGCUUGGCCCUUCCCUGUGCUCAUGACGACAAGGGCACUGACUCGUCCACAUGGAACGACCAGCCGCACUGUGGUCGUCCUGGAUCGUGACAAUGUUCGGGGCGUGCGCUACUGCAGCUUGCCUCGCCGAGAUUUGCUCGUCAAUCCCGCUCAGUGGUAGUAUCUACCUCUGGGCCGCCGCCGUGUCGGGCCCCACUUCGCCGAGCCGUGCUCGUCUCUUUGGUUUCAUCGGCGCAUGGUGGACCUCGUCGGCGUGGAUCAGCUUCUGCGCGAGCACGUCACAGGCCGUGGCCAACUUUAUCAUGUCCGAGCUCGUCGUCUUCAACCGUGCCUUCCCCGGCGGGCUCGACAACAGCAACAUCAAGUUCCGCGCUGUUCAGUGGGCCGUCGCUGAGUUCGUGCUCUUUGUCUGCGUUUUGAGCAAUACGAUGCCGCCGAAGCGCUUCAAAUGGAUCUUCCGUGCCUCGUUACUCGUCAUGGUCAUUGAUUUCCUUGCGCUCUUCAUCGCCCUCCCCAUGGGUGCCGCCAAGACGUACGGCUUCCGCGGCCGCGAGUUCCUGACGACGAGCUACAACGGGACCGGCGCCUCCUCGGGCUGGAAUUGGACCUUGUCCUUUUUGUCGACGAGCUACGUGCUCACAGGUUUUGACGCGGCGGCGCACAUCGGGGAAGAGGUAAAAAACCCUAGUCUGGCCGCGGCCCGCGGGGUGUUUUACUCGUGCUUGGUCUCGGCCAUCUUUGGUGCGCCGCUCUUGAUGCUCUUGCUCGUGUGCUCGCCGCCCUUGGAUGUCUUGUUCGAAGCCGCUGCGCCCCAACCCCUCGUCGUGCUCUUCCAGGACAUUCUCGGCACGGGUGGCCAGCUCGUGCUGAGCAUCAUCUCCAUCAUCGGUCUCAUGGUCAACGUCACGGUCUGCCUCGUCGCUGCCUCGCGUCUCAUAUCGGCCAUUGCCCGCGACGGCAUCCUCCCCGGCUCGGCUUGGAUCGGCCGCGUCGACAAGAACGGCAACCCUACAAACGCGGUCUACUUUGUUGGCGGCGUCGGUGCCGUCCUACUGUGUACGAUUCUGCCUUCGACGGUCGCCUUCACGUCGCUCGUCAGCAUCUCGGGUGUGCCGACGAUCGCCCUGUACGCUGCAAUCCCCGUCUUGCGCUUGCUCUUCACUCGCGACCAGUUCAAACAUGCUCGAUGGUCCAACGGUCGCUUAUCGACGCCAUUAUGCAUCAUCGCUGCGAUCUGGAACCUCUUCAUUUGCUCCAUCAUGUUCUCGCCCUACACGUUCCCCGUCACGGCGCAGACGUUCAACUUCGCCGCACCCGUCUUUGUCGGCAUCGUGAGUUGGCUUUUUGUUCCUGGCUGUAUACUAAUGAGCAGAUCUACUGACACCAUCUUCAAUGAUUUACCGCAGACCAUUUGCGGCAUCGUUAGUUGGUGGAUCGUACCCGAGGAACGCUGGCUCAGCAAGGAGUUCAUUCAGGCGGCCGGCCACUCCCGUGUGCUCGAGGACUCGUCGGUCUGCAGCUCGGACAAGGCCGAGUAG